AUGUCUCUUGCGAACGCCUAUCUGAGUUCACCUUAUCAAAGCACCGUUCCUCCACAGCGAAUCGGAGGUGUUCGGUACUCACGUCCUUUUGCUCCAAGUCAGUCUUAUCAGCAGCCACAAAGUUUUGAUAUUAGUGGUUGGAUGGAUAGGAACAAGAUAGUAAACCAGCUUCCUGCCUCUCCCGUGGCUUUGGAUCCGAAGCUGGGUGAUUCGUUUAUCUCUGGCCGAUUUGCAUCCUCGCGUACCGUAGACGAGCCUAAGUCCCCUUGCGUAAAUCAACGGCUACCUCUAGCCAAUGAAAGUCUCGGCUUUAAUGAAAUGCCGGUUUCACGUUCCUCCAAACCGCCAAUGCCCUCUUCUUGUGAUGUUGGCGGGUCUUAUAACCCUAUGGUUUCGACUGUUACUCCGUCGUCACAAUCGGAGGAUUCGUCUCGAUGGGUAAUGUAUCCGCCGGUUCCAGCCUACGGCUCGGAACAUUUGAGAACUGGAAGAUUUCACCUUAUGAGGAACACUUCGCCUGAUAGUAGUGCUGUCACAUACAUGGAGCAGGCGUUGCAUCAUUCCCUCAAAAGCAAAAUACGAAUGUGUCUCCCUUCUGCAGCAAUAAGUACUAAUGUGCAAGACUUUUUAUUUUUUGAAGAAUUUCCGCAACAACUAGGCCCCUAUACAUCCGUUUCACCGAUGGAAAACACUCCGCUUCCCUCACGAUCACUGGGGCUCUCGACUCAGUGCUUUAGGGCCUGGUGUCCGCGUCUCUGUAGGCACGUAGUCUUGCGUCGGGUCAUACUCGAGCCAUCAAAGACGAUCUCAAGGGACGCGUGUUUCUUAGCCAACGAGUUGUCCGGGGCUAAGGACUCCUCUGUGCUUCAACUGCAAGAUGUCGUUCCUGUGCAAGAAUUUAGGGACAACUCUGUACUUUUCGCCUACGAAUUCCUUCCCUGUGCUCGCACUCUCGGGGACAUCUUUAUGGUGGAGCAGGGGAGGUCUUCCGACCGAGUAAUCUACACUGACAUGUUGCAAGAACGAACGGCUUGGUUAUUGCUAGUGCAACUAACGCAAGCUAUACGUUUCGCACACAAAACCUUCCAUCGAAGCAUCAACGUUCUUGACCCCAGUAAAAUCCUCAUUCAGGAUGGAACAAGGUUGCUCGUAAAUUGCUUUGGUUUGAAAGAUGUCGUAAACCACCCGACAGUGGACAGUCAAACAACAGAAAGCAAAGUAAAGGACUUUAUCGCGUUGGGCAAACUCAUGCUUGGAGCCAUAGUGGGCACGAGUCUAGCUUUUGAGAAACCCACGGAGUAUGUAUCCUUGCUGGAUCGUGCCGUUGGCCAAGAUCUACGAAAUCUUAUUCGUGACCUUCUUUCGGGUUCUGUGAACACCGUAGAUGCCCUGGUGCUAGCAACAGCUGAUCAUGUCUACGAUAACCUGGAUGCAGCUGACACCCUUGCAAGACAUUUGGAACGUCAUGCCCUAAAUGUUGAAGCUGGGUCAGGGGAAAAUGUGUGUCUAGUCAGCCGAAAGGGCGAAAAGGUGAUAAUCGUGACUUACGCUGAAAUUCGUGACUGGCUGGAUAAAAGCUUCAGCCAUUUGGUUGAGGACUGUCGAAGGAGCGUGUUUGAACAGCAGAUGGCUCAAGAUCUCCAUGUGAACAGCAACACCAACAAAAAUGACUAA